AUGGCCGUUCAGACGCCCGCUCCAACGGUCUCGCUGCAUGACGAUGCUUCUCCGGCAGACAAUGAUGACCCCUCCUCCACGGAAAGAUUACCUCGCUCCGGCCUAAACACAAAUGAUCCGGCCAGCUCCGGUGACCUUGGAGCCGACGAAACAUCUGCUCUCACCGGUAACGAUCAUGAGAGCGCAAUGACAGCUUUCGAGCACAACAACGAUCUCUUCAAUAGCCUCCCGUGGUUGAUAAACGACCUUCCCUCUCACAACAGCCUCUUCUGGGUAACAGACUAUCCCGACCCUCUUUACCCGGACUUGGGCUACCUUCCUUCCACGGAUCUCGAACCUAGUCGUGGCCCCUUUCUGGCGCAAGAGUCAACCUCAUUCGCAUACCCUGAUGUGUCGCUGCAAGAUCUGCACGCCAGCAGAACGGAGGGAACCGGAGAUUCCAUUCGUGUGCAGUCCUCGCAGCGCAACCAGUGGCCUGGUCAGGAUUCCAGCGCUCAACUCCCCGUCUUGACUUCGGAGGAUCAAAAUGUCAUUCAUGCGCAACUCUUUGGCUAUCUCCGGCAGACGGCCCAGAACGCCUUCCAGAAGGUUGCCGAUUUUUAUACAGAACAGAACCAGUACCUAGGUCCCUUUAUGGACAAGGUCACUUUUCAGACAUUUCUUGAGCUAUACUUUGAGCAUUUCGCGGACCACUUUCCCUUCCUUCACCCAACACUGCUGGAGGAUGACGACAUAUCAUGGGUUCUUCUCUUAGCAGUGGCUGUCGUGGGUGCUCAGUUUUCAGCUCUCAAGAACGCACCGCUGUUUGCCAACAUUCUCCAGGAUCUGUUAGACAAGGCGGUUAAGAUGCAUUGCCCCGAGAUCCCGUCGUCCACAGACUUGACGUGGGCACAAAUCAUACUGCUUCGGGAUAUCUGCAUGCUAUUCAACGGUGGCAAGAAGCAUCAAGUGGCGCGACAGUAUGAGAAGAAUAAGCUCAUCACACUUUCUCGUGUGUUAAAAACCGACAAUCCACAGCUGUCCCUCUCGACUGAGCAAACCCUUGAACAGCGCCUUGCUGAACAAGAUUGGAAAAGAUGGAUCGCCGCAGAAUCUCGCAUUCGUGUAUUACACAGCGUGUACUUUCUGGAAUGUCUGCAAUUCGUAUUCCAUGACAUUCGGCCAUCAGUUGAGCUGACGGACUUGACGAACACCCUACCUUGUGAGGAGUCCGUCUGGAAAUGUCACAGCGAGGAAGAAUGGCGGCAGGCUUUGGUAGAGUGCCGGCAUCAACCAUCGUCGCCGGGCAACGAUAGCUUGCUUGAUUGGAAAAAUGCACCCAAAGCCGAUGGCUAUGUGCAGAAACUCUUGUUCGUCUAUAUCUACACAGAGGAGAGAUUGACCAUGGAACGGCUUCGAAACUCACCCUUCCGGCAAGUGCUCUUCCCGUCCAUUUCUACGGCCCUAUUCCAGCAACAAUGGACAGGGCUUGGCCGUGUAGAUCCUAGAGGGCUCUUGAAAAUCAUGAGAAGCUCUGUUGCCAGCGAAUUAGACCUUCUCCAACCUGUACAAGAAUCAGGCCUACCUUCUAAGCCGGUAUCUGGAGACCAGGAUGUCUUGCACAUCUUGAUUCAUCUGCUGAGGGAUGUCCCUAUGAGAAGUAUUCUGGCCUUUGCGGGAUGGCAAGUGGAUGAUGGACAAGUUGAGGCCGCCAAGCUGGAGUUGACUGGGUGGGCUUUCCAACAUGAACGAGUGGCCCGCCAGUGCCUCCUUCAUGCCAUCACUGUUUUCAACAUCUUGCGCACCAAAAGCACCUUUGCCGCUUAUGACGCCCUGUCUCUGUUGACAGCAACUUUGUACAUUUGGAUGUAUGAUCAGUUGAUAGAGGAAGAAGAUUUUGAGAGUCAACAUACUUCCUCCAGGUUAAUCAUCCGAUCAGACCGUGUGUCUGAUCGCCCGGCUUUGGAACGAUGGGUCAACAACGGAGGAGUCGCCCGUAUCCAUAUCCCAGGCGUGGGAAUCUUCGGCGGAAGAGGUGGCCGGUCGCGUCUGCUGCACGAGCUGCGCAGGAUAUUGCUGUCACGCACAGAGUGGUCGAGGGUAUGCCAGGUGAUUGCCAAAGCGGUAAUGCAUCUGCUCCAAGAGAAGCGCCCUAGGUUUGAAGAAGAUGUUAGGUCUGGGUCUAUUACCUGCGCGUCGGAGGCUUAA